GACGGAGAUAGAUUUUGGCGAAUGCCUGAAUGCUAUGUACGAGGUAGUACUAUAAAAUACUUGAGGAUCCCAGAUGAAGUAAUUGAUAUGGUAAAGGAUGACGCACAGGCUAAAACAAGAAAUCGGUCUGAAAUCAAUAAAGCACGUGUAAGUGGUGGAGUUCAAAAUCAGAAUGUGAGGGGACAGGUUCGAUCACGUUAUAAGAAUGGACAGCAGAAUGGAGCGAAAAAUGUUUUGCGUGGACAAACAAGUCGGCCUCUUUCUCAAAUCGCUGUCAAUAAAAAUAGAAAAUGAACAUUUUUAGAUGCAUUUAUUGAAAUUAUUUCAUUCAUUAAAAUUAUUAUGUAAA